AGAGAGCAGCAAAUUGUUGGGCGGUUACGUUUGUGCGCAACCUACAAUUUGUUCUAAAGAUGAGGAAAUGGUUGAUGAGAAUCCAGCCUUUUAUCAAUGUUGCUAGUGUCUUGUCUAUCCAGGAGUUAAUGAACUCCAUGCCGAGGCGUUGUUACGAUGAAGACGGUGUAGUUCAUCCUGUUUUAAGUAAGGUAGAUGGAGUUUCAAAUGUGUAUGUUCUUGCCAAUCAUUUUCGAGCGAGUGGAACAGUAUAUGAAGAAGAUUGUCCCAUCACUGAGGCGCAUGUUUACCUGGAUGAGAGCAGAACUACAGAGGGAUGUGGGAGAAUUAUUCCAAGCAUUUGUGAAGUUCAUUCUGUCUAUGAUUACAUAGAUAAAUAUGAACUCAUGGCGUCUUGUGAUGAACCAAAAGACAAAAAUAUUCCAAUGGACCAUGAAGAUGAUAUGACAGACGAAGAGUUUGAAGCUCCUACUUCUGGAAAGGCAAACAAGAGGAAAGACAAUGAAGGAGCAGGGGCUAGUGGUUGUAAGUCAACCAAGAAGGCAAGGUCUUGGGUUUGGGAUCAUUUCACCAGAAAAGAGAAGGUUGUAGACAAAUGUAAUUGCAAUUACUGUGGGAAAGAGUUGGCGUGUCCAACCAAGUCAGGAACCUCCACGUUGAAGAAGCAUAUUGAAAAUACCUGCAAGGCAUUCCAGGUAUGGAAAAGUGCUAAUAUACAUCAAACUCAAACAGUUUUAACUCCUGAUGGUUCUGGUGGCUGUGUUAGAGUUAGUAAAGUCAGUGAAGCAGUUUUUAAAGAAGCAUCUAAUGAGCUGUUAGUUUUAGCUGAGUUACCUUUAGCUUUUAUAGAGUGCUUAGCUUGGAGACAUUUUUGCUCCAAAGUUCAAUUGUAUAAGCCUCAUUCUCGGAGAACAGCUACAAGAGAGAUUGUUGAGGUUUAUGUCACUAAGAAAGCUGCCAUGAAGAAGAUUAUUGAGAACAAUAAGCAGAGGCUGUCAUUGACUACAGAUAUAUGGGUUUGUCCCAAUACUUCAGCUAGUUAUAUGGUAGUAACAGCUCACUUUAUUGAUAAUAUGUGGGAGUUGAAGAAGUUGAUAAUAAGCUUCAAGCAUGUAGAAGAUCAUAAGGGUCAGACAAUAUGUGAUACUCUUAUGGCUUGUUUAGCUGAGUGGGGUAUAAAGAGAAUAUUCUGCAUCACUGUUGAUAAUGCUACAGCCAAUAGUUCAGCUAUGACCAAAUUCAAGAAAGAAAUGCUGCGGGUGUAUGGAAGUGAAGCUUUGAUACUUAAAGGUGAGUAUUUGCAUUUGCGGUGUGCUACUCACAUUCUGAAUUUGGUGGUGAAGGAAGGAUUAACAGAGAUUGAUAGCUGUGUGGCUGCUAUUCGCAAUGGCAUCACCUAUGUGAGGUCUUCGACACCUAGACUGAAAUCUUUUGAUUUUAGAGUUGAAACAGGGAAGCUGCAAAGGGGAAGCCUACCUUUAGAUGUCAAGACCAGAUGGAAUUCGACAUAUCUCAUGCUAGACCAAGCUCUAAAGUUCAGAAUAGCAUUUGAGAGGAUGGAGGCUGAGGAUAAACCAUAUAAUGAUUACUUUCUGGAAAAAGAGGAUGGAAAAAAGAGGAUUGGACCAGCUGUGAGAGAUGACUGGGAGAAAGUUGACAGGUUAGUUCAGAUUCUUGAGAUUUUCUAUAAGUCCACAUUGGUUCUUUCAGCUUCAAACUAUGUUGCAGCUCAUAAACUCUACAAUGAGAUAGUCUCCAUUACUAGAAACCUAGGUGCAUUAAGAUACAAUGAUGAUGGCCUAAAGAAUAAAGCCGAGGCUAUGUUAGCAAAGUUGGGUAAGUAUUGGGAUGCAUUUGGGGAGAAAGUUGAAAUGAAUAGGCUUGUGAUAGUGGCAAGUGUGUUUGACCCGAGGAAGAAAAUGAAAUUUGCUGAGUUAUGUUUUGAAAGGCUAUAUGGUAAAGGUACUGUGGAGGCUACUCAUCUUUCAGAUUCAGUUUAUGGCAUCAUCACUGAUUUGUAUGAUGAGUAUACAAGAAACAGUUUAGCUAAUAAAACUGGUAGUGGUAGUGGUACUGCUGGGUCAUCUACGCAGUCAGAAAAUGCAUGGAGCCAGAGUCAGUCUCAGUCUCAAGAUCAAGGUCAAUACUGGAAGUAUCCGAUUCUCUCACUCAUUGCUAAAGAUAUACUUGCAAUGCAAGUCUCAUCCGUAGCAUCAGAAUCCGCAUUUAGCACAAGUGGUAGAGUUGUGAGUCCUUUCAGGAGCUGUCUCUCACAUUACAUGGUGGAAGUGUUGAUGUGCGUUGAGCAAUGGCUAAAAUGUGAAAUCCAUAUCAAUGAAAGAGGCGUCUCCACAAUACAACAACUACUUAAGGACAUCACGUUGGAAGAUGAUCUUAUGAGAAAGCAUGAACUAGGUGAACCAGAAUUUGUUUUCAAUAUGCAAGGUCAAGGAGCUGAUAGCCUUUAAAAUGAAUGAGUGAGAUACAAAGGUUCAUGCGGGUCAAGGAGAGUGAGAUUGUCUACUUCUAGUUUUCAUGAAUGUGUAAUGUGUCCUCUCCAGUUUUCUACUUCGGCACUUCUUCUUGUCAACUUGUCUUUUUUUCUUGGAUUUGAAUCAUGUGUAUUUGAAAUGUUCUAUGCAUUUUAUGUCUUUAAGACUUUUAACUCUUUAUAUUUGGAUGAUUUGAAUUGGAUGUUUAAGACGUAUUUAAAUGCUUUAGGUUUUAUUCUGUUCAAUUAGAGUGUAACAGAAGAACCACAAUGUAAAAAAUUUAUACCACAGUG